AUGAAGUCGACAAUUAUCUCUAAACAGCCCAUUAUCUCGAAUGGUUUCGUUACAUGUUAUUCAGAUCAUCUGAUUAUCCAUUGGUAUUAUUUUCCCUAUGGAAAUAAAACAAUUAAAUAUAGCGAUAUUAAAUCAUGUGAAUUACUUCGAAUGAGUAAUUUGAGUAUAUUCAAAUGUAAAAUGUGGGGAAUGGCACUGUCAUCUGUUUGGUGGCAUUCAGAUUUUCGUCGUCAUUGGCGAGAAUAUUAUAUUAUUUUAGAUACAAAUCAAUGGCCUAAAAUAGGUAUUACAAUGGACGAUAAUGAUAUUAUCAAUGUAUAUAAAUUGAUCAAAGAAAAAUUAGAUGAAAAACAAUCAACAGAAACUUCAUUAGAAAAGAAAUCUUUCGAUAAUAUUGAAAAACUUGAUACUAACGUGGUUAGUUCAAUGUCGGAAAAUGAACUUGAAUAUAAAAAAUUCUUGGAAACUAACAAAGAGAAAUACAUGUAG